CCUCUCUCUCUGCCUCUGAGGGGGAACCGAGAGAGAGAGAGACGUCAGGCCGGACCGGAGAUUAGCAGGCGCUUUAAGUGGAUUAGAAAGCGGCCGAGUUGGGGAGAGGCGAGCAGAGGAGGAGGAGGAAGAGGAGGAAGCGCACAGCCCCCGCUUGGCGGACCCCCUCCAGCCCCCUUUCCCUGGCCCCGCCAUGCCGCAGACGGUGGUCCUGCGCGGCCCCUCGCCUUGGGGGUUCCGCCUGGUCGGGGGAAAGGACUUCAGCGCCCCGCUCACCAUCUCCAGGAUUAAUCCUGGAAGUAAAGCUGCUCUUGCCAACCUUUGCCCAGGUGAUGUCAUUCUGUCAAUUAAUGGAGAGAGCACAGAAAAUAUGACACAUUUAGAAGCACAAAACAAGAUCAAGGCUUGUCUGGAUCAGUUAACACUUUCUGUAAACAGGUCUGAAAACAAAGUUUGGUCCCCUAAUAUUUUAGAAGAUGGAAAGGCACAAGCAUAUCGGGUCAAUGUAGAACCAGAAUCCCAGGAUAAUGGGCCUGUUGUAAACCGAAGAACCCCAACCUUUUCACCUGGAGGAAGUCCAACAGACAACAGACAGAUAUCAAACGUGCAGUAUAACAAUCCAACACAGCUGUAUACAAAUAACAAUGCAGAUCCCAGUUUACCUUCACAGAUGAGUAGUCUCCAUAUCACACCUCCUCAAAGUGCUGACCCUUUAAGAUCCCUACCAAGAAGCAGAAAUGGAAUUGACCUGGACUCUGAUGUUUACAAAAUGCUGCAAGAUUAUGAAAAACCAGUUUCAGAACCUAAACAGUCAGGAUCUUUCCGAUAUCUGCAGGGCAUGUUGGAAGCUGGAGAGAAUGGUGAAAAGCAUGACAGACUGGCAAGUCCAAGACAUGUUAAAUCUCCAGUUUCUAAACUGGGUGGAGCUAUGUCUGGCUUACAGAUGCUCCCUGAGUGCACCAGAUGUGGCAAUGGAAUCGUUGGCACAAUAGUGAAAGCCCGUGACAAGCUCUACCAUCCAGAAUGCUUCAUGUGUGACGACUGCGGCCUCAACCUGAAGCAAAGGGGCUACUUCUUCAUUGAGGAACAGCUGUACUGUGAAACACAUGCCAAGGAAAGGGUUAAGCCACCAGAAGGAUAUGAUGUGGUAGCUGUUUAUCCCAAUGCUAAAGUUGAACUUGUCUAAAUAAAUGCUCGAAUUUCCCAGAGAGGUCAAAAGGUGGCACACCCACCCACAGGCGCAGGCUCUGUUUGAAAAGUAUGGCUGUAAUCAAUGCUGAUUACUCAAGCCUUAGUCAAAUGUCUUUCCAGAGAUAAAAUGGUUUACACUUGGAAUCGCAAGGGAAUAGUGCUGAAAGCCUCUGAAAAGGGUUUUUUUUUCCUUUUGACACUUUGCUUUUGGGUUACUGUGUUGUUGUUAGAGUAUUUUUUUAAAACCGCAGAUAUUUUCUUUUGUAGCCCAGUCCAAAACUUGUGUAAAUAUAGUUUUUAAAACAUUGUUUCAUAUACCACGAGUAUUCUUUUUUUCUGUCCUGUUUAAAAAAAAGUUUUAAAAAACUGUUGAAAAGCUCACAAGAAACAAAGCACUUUAAGAAACAAAGUUGACAUUUUAAAGCAUUGCAUUCCCUCCUUCUUCUCAGUAAUAUAGGUAUCCCAUAAAUAUUGCCUUGUGGCCUCCAGGAUGAUAAAACUUUGAGGUCACGUUUAGUGACAUUUUAAUUGCAUAGCUGGAUAUAGCUAGCCAGUUAAAUCUGGUGAAAUUCCUCAUAAGAUUAUAAGUAAAGUCUUUUGAAUAUGUUGUUUUUACAGUCAUUGACUUUUUGUUACAUUUUGUACAGUACUUUAAGAAAGUCCCUCUUUCAGUUUUCUGGCAGCACUACAUCCUCCACCUAAUAAUAAGCAUUCAUAUUCUAUCAUUUUAUCAAGCCGCAGAGAUUUCCAUUAGGACUCAUUCCACAAUAGUGAUCCAACCAUUCAUUCAUUCUUGGGUAAUGAAUAGCCAUUAUUGGAUGUCCUAUGGGUACUCCCUUCCCACCAAUUGAUAGCAAUGAAUAACCUGGAGAUCAUAACAGAAUAUGAUAUUGAUCCCUGGUUUCUUUCCAGGUCAUGCAACACAAAUCUCAAAAGAUGUAACCUUCAUUGUUGAACAAAACAAGCUUGACAAAUUCAUGCAAGAAUUAAAAUUGUGCAGCCCUCUAGAUGUUGUUAAACAGAAAUACACAACCUGUAUUACCUAAGGUUGCUAAGGAUUGCAGUCCAAGAAUAUCUGGAGGCCUUUACAAUUUCCAUCCCUGGUAUACUGUAAAUAUGUAAGCCACUGAUAUGCUCUGAACGUACAUGUAUAACAAAACAAAAAAACAGAUAUAUCACAGAAUGCUAAUAUUUGGAUUUCUCUCUCUUUUCUCUGAAAUAUCUUGACAUCUCUUGCUUUGGUACUUAAUCAUGUAAGCACCUGAAUUUCUUUUCUUUCCUUGGAACAAAAAGGUUUUAGACGCCAAUCAUAAAUACAUUCAAUAAACAACUUCUCGUUACAUUUAAAA